CACACUCGGCUGUCGCAACCGUUUUCCAGAUUCAUCGGCCACGUGAAUUCGUCAGCUUCGCGGAGAGAGAGAGAGAGUCCAUGGCGGAGGAAGUGGCACUUGAUUUAGAAGAACUCAGGCAUCUUCAGACCAUUGCCAAGAGGUCCCGAGUUCUCGAUCUUAUCAGUUCCGAGAUUCGCAGCUUGGAGAAGCUAAAAGAAUCAGCGAGUGGUUUAAGCGCAGCAGCAGAAGCUCCUAAACCGAUUUCUUCUUCGGUUAAGGCUAUAAACCCAUCAGUGAACUAUGCACCACUUGCUUCCUUCAGUUGGGAUCAGGAUAAUGAGAAAGUAAAGAUAUACAUUUCUCUGGAAGGGGUUGAUCAGGACAAAGUGAAAGCAGAGUUCACGCCGAUGUCUUUCGACGUCAAAAUCCACGAUGUCCAAGGGAAGAAUUACCGGUCUGCCGUCCCGAAGUUGAACAAAGAGAUCGUGCCCGAGAAAUGCAAAGUCCUUGUAAAGCCGAGCAGGGUCGUAGUCACGAUGUUCAAGGCCUCGAAAGGCAACUGGCUAGACUUACACCACAAAGAGGAUAAGAUGAAACCGAGCUUGGAGAAAGAGAGGGAUCCAAUGGCUGGAAUCAUGGACCUAAUGAGGAACAUGUACGAGGAAGGGGACGAGGAUAUGAAGCGGACAAUAGCGAAAGCUUGGUCGGAGGCAAGAUCUGGCAAAACAGCUGAUCCUCUCAAGGGACUGUGAGUGAUGAUGGAUGAAUGAAUUCACAUCCGUUUUCGCUUCUGCUUCUGUAAGUUUUUUUUUUCUUUUCAAAAUUCUUCUUUCUUUUUUUUUUGGUGUAAAAUUUUGGACCCACAAUUAAGAUUGAGCAUCGGAAUCUAUGUUUUAAAUCAUAUA